AUGACCGGCUACGGAACUCAAAAUGGUGAUGUUUUAACUCGAGAUGCAUAUGAACGCUUCCAACAGCUUGAAAGUUUGAUAAAGACAUAUGCCUCAAACGCAGCUACUGCCAAGAAAAAGUUCAAUCCAACACCACUCGGUUUGUGUGCAUUUUCUUUGACAACAUUUGUUUUGUCGAUGUUCAAUGCUGGUGCAACUAUUCCUGUCACAUAUUCACAUGGAGCUGUCAUGGGUUGUGCUCUAUUCUAUGGUGGUUUGAUUCAAUUCAUAGCAGGUCUACUCGAAUAUAAAAUUGGCAAUGAUAUUGGUGCGCUCGCUUUUUGUUCUUACGGUGGGUUUUGGAUGGGACUGGCGUCACUCAGUAUUAGUGCUUUUGGCUUUCUUGACAAGACGGACACGGUUUCACUUAAUAAUUCUUUAGGAGUACUUUUUCUUGCAUGGGCAAUAUUUUCUGGAUCCAUGACGAUUGCAACUCUCAGAACUCAUCUUGUUCUGGUCGUACUCUUAUUUACCGUUAUGGUCACUUUUAUAUUAUUAUCGGCUAGCAAAUUCAUGAAUGCUGACGCAAAUCUACAACGUGCGGGUGGUGCUGUUGGUAUUUUGGCGGCAGCCAUUGCGUGGUAUGCUGCAUUCGCCAGUCUUCUGAAACGAGGUGAAAAUUCUUAUUUCGAACUGCCUGUGUAUAGUCUGGCACCAAAAUCAAUACCGGUCGUCGAGGCAAAGGUCAUGAAUAACACGCCGGUGUGA